CCUCAUGGGCUAUUGACCCGUAGCCCUUGCGGGCUACGGGUGUAAUUGUUAAUUAUCCCUUCGUAUUCAACUGUCGUUUUCCUUUUGUUACCGCGUUAGUCUUGUAGAGGACUGCAGUUAGUGGAAAAAAUAUUUGCGGAUAAUUAAUUUUGUCUUUUCUCAGAUCUCAGAAAUGGAAAAAAAAUAUUAUGGUAGCUUCUUUUGUUUGUGUCGUUCAACAUGGCCGCCUCACUUUAAAUUUCCCACCUUUUGUUCAAUUGACCAAUCACAAUCGCGAACGACCUCGGUUUGAAGGCUAACUGCCACUCAAUGUAUGCAAGAAGUACGCGAUCGAUCGAGUCAUUCGAUGUGUUCUGUUACUGGUUCUGCGGAGGAUUUUAGAUUUAUGGCGGGAAUUUAGUCGACACACCAACUUCAAUCUCUGAUUCUUCACGACGUUGGAAGCUGUUUUCCGCGAUGAGUUGGGCAAAGGAAGAAUGGAAGCAGGGAUUAACUGCGAACGUUCUUAAAAAUGUCUUUGAUCUCGAGCAGCGAUGUGAAACGUUGCAGAAAGAGAGCAAGCAGCGGCAGUUUCAAAUGGAGAGUCUACAGGCUGCUCUCGCAAAGCAGAAAAAGCUGACAGAAGACGAGAAAGCGAAUGCUUUGUCUUUCAAGAAGGAAAAUCAUUCCCUGAGUGAAUCUAUUCAAGAGUUAGAGCGAAGCCGGGAGAAGAAUUUACACGAUUUGAACGCCAAGGAAGGACAGAUUCGUUGCCUCGAUGGAAAGCUUUCUCGCUGUCAGCAGAUGCUGGAAGCUGAAACUGCCAGCAAUUUGCAGCUAAAGAACGAUCUAGAUCAUCUACAGCACGAUCAAAAUCAACUUGCGUCAAAAUUUGAAAAGCAAGCAGCUGAUUUCUCUAAACUGAAAGAAGCUAACAACCUUUUACAGAGACAGGUAGCAGGUCAUAGAGAGCAAGUGAGGGUAUUAGAAAAUCAAUUGAAAAGCCUUGGAGAGGAGCCAAAUUCAAGAGCAAAAACAAGUUCAUCUGGGUCAGAUUCAGAAGUCGAAUGUCAGUCUGGCCAAGAGAGCAAACUCAAGGAACUUCAAACAAACCUUGAGCAAGAGAGAGAACAACGUUGCAAGGUUGAGAAUGAACUUUGUCAACUUAAAGCCAAUGCUCCUAAAAUUAAUACUGAGGUAUGAACACAGAUUUAUCAUUUCCUUUCACAACGUAACAAAAGCAGCGAACAAUAACCAAGCUCAUACAUAUACAUGUAUACUAAUGUGUUCCUUUAAUGCACUUUACUGUGAAUUUUGGUUCACUUAUCUCAAGUGGUCCUGAAGUAUUGGCUUUUAUACCAAAUAGUUUCACGUAUAUACAUGUACAGUGUAUAAUAUGCAUUGUGGACUUGCAACUGACUGCCUGUACAGUAAUGUGGUUCAUUAUAAUCCGUGGAUGGUUCUCAGUUGGUAGGAUUUCAACACCUUAUGGGAUUUGCUAGUGUUACUGGUGUCUAGUCUAUACUGCCCUCAACUUGUCUACUUAUUUGUACCACUGUAGACCGCACAUGUGUACAUGAAAGCGAUUUUUAUUAGAAAAGAGCAAAGAGUGGCAAUGUACAGUUGUACUUUUGUGCCGUACCAGAAACCUGCGAGGGGCCAAAAUAUGUAAUGCAUGUGCAAAUGUACUCCUCUACUGUUCAAAUUCCAAAUUAAUAAAUUAUUUGGUACUUAUAAAUUAAAUUAAUACUAGUUAUGAAAUGCAUUUGAGUGGUAUACUACAUGUAGUAAUAUACCAUGUCUCACUAAAGGCUUGGGCGUAUACCAAGGAAGUACAAGUGACUCAUGAGAUAAUCC